AUCAAGCAGAUCGAAGAUGAGAUGGCCAAGACCCAGAAGAACAAGGCCACCUCCUACCAUUUGGGUACGCGCCUCGAAGAAAGAGCCAGACCACACAAGACUAACCUCGCCAACNNAGGUCAAUUGAAGGCAAAGCUGGCAAAGCUGAAGAGAGAACUCCUGACUCCAUCGUCGAGUGGAGGUGGUGGCGGUGCUGGUUUCGAUGUUGCUAGAACCGGUGUUGCCAUNGGUUUCAUCGGUUUCCCCUCGGUCGGAAAAAGUACCCUCAUGAGUCGAUUGACAGGCCAACACUCCGAAGCCGCCGCAUACGAAUUCACAACCCUCACCACCGUGCCCGGUCAAGUCAUGUACAAUGGCGCAAAGAUCCAGAUCCUCGAUUUGCCCGGUAUCAUUCAAGGUGCCAAGGACGGAAAGGGUCGUGGUCGUCAGGUUAUCGCCGUCGCAAAGACGUGCCAUUUGAUCUUCAUCGUCCUCGACGUCAACAAGCCUCUUACCGACAAGCGCGUUAUCGAGAAUGAACUGGAAGGCUUCGGUAUCAGAAUCAACAAGUCUCCGCCAAACAUUCAUUUCAAGAAGAAGGACAAGGGCGGUAUCAGCAUCACCAACACCGUGCCCCUUACCCACAUCGACCACGACGAAAUCAAGGCCGUCAUGUCCGAAUACAAAAUCUCUUCGGCCGACAUUGCCAUCCGUUGCGACGCCACCAUUGACGACCUGAUCGAUAUCCUCGAAGCAAAGAGCAGAAGUUACAUUCCUGUCAUUUACGCCCUCAACAAGAUCGAUGCCAUCUCCAUCGAGGAACUCGACUUGCUAUACCGUAUCCCCAACGCCUGUCCCAUCAGUUCCGAGCACGGCUGGAACGUCGACGAACUCAUGGAGCAGAUGUGGGAGAAGCUCAGCCUGUGCCGAGUAUACACCAAGCCCAAGGGCAGAGCUCCUGACUACACCGCUCCCGUCGUUUUGAGAGCAAAUGCUCGCACAGUCGAGGACUUUUGUAACGCCAUUCACAAGACCAUUGUCGAGCAGUUCAAGGUCGCCAUCGUCUACGGCAAAUCAGUCAGACAUCAGCCUCAAAGAGUCGGCCUCUCUCACGAGCUUGCCGACGAAGAUGUCUUGACCAUCAUCAAGCGAUAA